AUGCUCUCUUCCCGUCUCUCCCGCGCGCUCCCGCGCACUCCUUAUAUUGCCCGCGCUUCUGCCAUCAGAACUCCCGGUGCCUCGUUCCGGAGAUGGAACUCGACAGAAGGUGAAGAGAAGGUCAAGGGCCAAGUCAUCGGUAUUGACUUGGGUACAACCAACUCUGCUGUCGCUGUGAUGGAGGGAAAGACCCCAAAGAUCAUUGAGAACUCAGAAGGUGCUCGCACAACUCCCUCUGUUGUUGCCUUCGCGCAGGAUGGCGAACGGUUAGUCGGUAUCGCCGCUAAGCGUCAAGCUGUUGUGAACCCCGAGAACACCCUAUUUGCCACAAAGCGUCUCAUCGGACGUAAGUUCACCGAUGGUGAAGUGCAGCGCGAUAUUAAGGAGGUUCCUUACAAAAUUGUUCAACACACCAACGGCGAUGCCUGGGUUGAAGCUCGUGGUCAGAAGUACUCUCCUUCUCAGAUUGGUGGUUUCGUCCUCCAGAAGAUGAAGGAGACCGCCGAAGCUUACCUUAGCAAGCCUAUCAAGAACGGUGUCGUCACUGUUCCUGCCUACUUCAACGACUCUCAGCGCCAGGCCACCAAGGAUGCUGGUCAGAUUGCUGGCCUGAACGUUCUGCGUGUUGUCAACGAGCCCACUGCUGCUGCCCUUGCCUACGGAUUGGAGAAGGAGAGUGACCGCGUCAUUGCUGUCUACGAUCUCGGUGGUGGUACUUUCGAUAUCUCUGUUCUUGAAAUCCAGAAGGGUGUGUUCGAGGUCAAGUCUACCAACGGUGACACCCACUUGGGUGGUGAGGACUUUGAUAUCUCUCUUGUCCGUCACAUUGUUCAACAGUUCAAGAAGGAGUCUGGCCUCGACCUCUCCGGUGACCGCAUGGCCAUUCAGCGUAUCCGUGAGGCUGCCGAGAAGGCCAAGAUUGAGUUGUCUUCUUCCCUCCAGACUGAAAUCAACCUUCCUUUCAUCACUGCCGAUGCCUCUGGUGCUAAGCAUAUCAACUUGAAGAUGACUCGUUCUCAGCUUGAGGGUCUUGUUGAUCCUUUGAUCAACCGCACAUACGAGCCUGUGAAGAAGGCCUUGAAGGAUGCCAACUUGCAGGCCAAGGAUAUCAACGAUGUCAUUCUUGUUGGUGGUAUGACCCGUAUGCCCAAGGUCUCAGAGUCUGUCAAGAGCGUCUUCGGUCGUGACCCUGCCAAGUCGGUCAACCCCGAUGAGGCCGUCGCUAUCGGUGCUGCCAUCCAGGGUGCCGUCCUUGCUGGUGAAGUCACUGACGUUCUCCUGCUCGAUGUCACACCUCUCUCCCUUGGUAUCGAGACCCUUGGCGGUGUCUUCACUCGCUUGAUCAACCGCAACACCACCAUCCCCACCAAGAAGUCCCAGACCUUCUCCACUGCUGCUGACUUCCAGACUGCCGUCGAAAUUAAGGUCUACCAGGGUGAGCGUGAGCUCGUGCGCGACAACAAGCUGCUCGGAAACUUCCAACUUGUUGGCAUUCCUCCUGCUCACCGUGGUGUUCCUCAAGUCGAGGUUACUUUCGAUAUCGAUGCUGACUCGAUUGUCCACGUCCACGCCAAGGACAAGUCUACCAACAAGGACCAGUCCAUCACCAUUGCCUCUGGCUCCGGUCUCAGCGAUGCUGAGAUCCAGAACAUGGUUGAGGAUGCUGAGAAGUAUGGUGCUCAGGACAAGGAGCGCAAGGCUGCGAUUGAAGCUGCCAACCGCGCCGACUCUGUCCUAAACGACACUGAGAAGGCUCUCAAGGAGUUCGAGGACCGCCUUGACAAGGCCGAGGCUGACCAGAUCCGCGAGAAGAUCACCACUCUCCGUGAAUUUGUUGCCAAGACCCAGUCUGGCGAAGAGACGGCCACUGCUGAGGACCUCAAGCAGAAGACUGACGAACUCCAGACUGCUAGCUUGACCCUGUUCGACAAGAUGCACAAGGCCCGUCAGGAGGAAUCCAACCAACAGCAAUCCUCCGAGUCUGGUGAGCAGGGUGAGAAGAAGCAGUAA